AUGGACAUCCCAUCGUCCUUCAGAUCGACGAGAGCUACUGUCGUGGAAGGUUUACUAUCUUAUGGACGAUCCCAAUCUUUUAUCUCUGGGUCGCCACUCCAUCAUCAACGUCAGAAUGAUGACGAGUGUGAUUCCAAUGAUGAAGAAGAUAACGAUGUCGAAGAAGUCAACGACUCUGAGCCUGGUAUAGAAGACGACCAUGAUGUUCUGGACUUUUUCCCUCAACUUCAAGUUCCAGGUUACGACCAUCCAAGUCAAACAGCGGGCGUGCUUGUUUCGCCUGCCUCUUCACGCCACACCGGGCCGGGUCUAAUCCCAGUGACAUACGAAGGGACUCGCUACUCAUCUUUACCCGUUGACUCUGGUCCUUCGGUGUACCUCACUCAGCCGCAACCGGAUCUCCAAUCGGCAACAGAAGUCACUGAAAGGUCGCCGUUAUUGUUGCGUCGGUCCUCCAUUCAGUUUCAAAAUACACUUCCUGUUUCUUCACCCCCAAACGCGUCAAGAUUGUCGGAGACUACGACUUCUGGUCGCAGAAAGAGUCAUAGUCAUGGGACCCUUCGGCGUCAAAACAGUGUUUCAUUAAGAGAAAGAAAAGUUGACUCGAGUGCAGGAAGCACGUAUAAUCAAUCCCUUUUCAAUUCUACUGCGGUUCUCUUAGGUGUGGGAAUAUUAUCUGAGCCAUAUGCAUUCGCACAAGCUGGUUGGGUAAUGGGAACCCUCCUUACGAUCGGAUACGGAGCUCUUGCGUGUUACACUGCCAAGAUACUCGGACGAAUGAUCGUUGAAGAUCGUAGACUGAAAACAUACGCGGACUGUGGAAAGAAAGCCUUUGGACCUCGUUCAGCUGUCAUAACUUCGACAUUGUUCUUCGUCGAACUCUUUACUGUCAGUCUAUUCAUCCUCGUUCCAUCUGCAUUCCUCCCGCUAUCGGUCAUCUCUUAUGCAUCCUUGCUUUCAGUCGUCGCUACGUUGUUCGUAAUCGUUGUCGUGGUCAUCGAUGGACUUUCCAAGUAUGAUACUCCCGGAAGUUUGUUCGAGUUUGCUCCGACGGACGUCUGGCCGGUCUCCUCAAUGCAACUAGGACUUAGUUUUGGCUUGUUCAUGGCAGGAUUUGCUGGACAUGCUGUUGUACCAUCUAUAGCGCAAGAUAUGCGAGAGCCUGAACGUUUUGAAAGGAUGAUCAACACCGCGUUUGUUGUGACUACCGUUAUCUACGGGAUUAUAGGUGUUUGCGGUUAUCUUAUGUUUGGAAGGACAGUCACAGAUGAGAUCAGUCGAGAUCUUUUGCAGACACAGGGUUACAAUGAGGCCUUGGCAAAGAUCGGUGCCUGGAUGCUUGUUGUCAGUCCUAUUCUGGAGAGCUCUCCAGGCCGUCACUUGGUUUCCUCAAACUCGGAUCCAGAAAACGCUCUCCUGUCUUCAGAUACUGAAGGUUUCUAUAAGGGCCCUCUUUCCAGGUUGUUUGGUUUGAUCACGGCGCCUGCCUUCUUGACGGCCCUGGAACGGACAGCACUCACGAUAAGUAUAGUUGCCGUUGCCAUUGCCGUCCCUCAUUUUGGCGUCGUCUUGAGCAUCCUCGGAGCCUUCAGCGCGUUCACUCUGUGCAUCAUCGGUCCGCUUGCGGCAAAACUCUCCAUAUUUGAAACGUCAUUCUGGGAAAGAUGCUUCGAUUAUGUGUUACUGGCCCUUUGCAUUGUGAUGGCUGGUUGGGGCACUUUUGCAGCGAUCAUGAUUUAG